AUGGCAUCGACUCUCAAGGGCCCGACGCCGCAGGAGCACGACGGCAGCGGCCUGCGCAUCGGCAUCGUGCACGCGCGCUGGAACACCACCAUCAUCGAGCCGCUGCUCAAGGGCACCAAGGACAAGCUGCUGGGCUGCGGCGUCAAGGAGGCCAACAUCGUCGUGCAGUCGGUGCCGGGAUCGUGGGAGCUGCCCAUUGCCGUUCAGCGCAUGUACACAGCCUCCCAGAUCCAGCAGGCCUCUUCCUCCAGCGGCGCCCCCACAGCCGGCGACCUCCUGGGCUCCUCCACGACGGACCUGACCGCGCUCGCCUCCUCGUCCGGCACCUCCUCCUCAUCCGCUUCCACGCAGCCGUUCGACGCCGUCAUCGCCAUCGGCGUGCUGAUCAAGGGCGAGACCAUGCACUUCGAGUACAUCGCCGACGCCGUGUCGCACGGCCUGAUGCGCGUCGGCCUCGACCUGGGCGUGCCCGUCGUCUUCGGCGUCCUGACCGUGCUCAACGACGACCAGGCCAAGGCCCGCGCCGGCAUCGGUGGCCAUAACCACGGCGAGGACUGGGGCCUGGCCGCCGUCGAGCUGGGCGUCAAGCGCGCCGCGUGGGCUAAGGGUCAGCUGGAGUAA